CUUCAAAAACCUCGUUUUAUAACAGGUCUCCUUGUCCAGACUGUCUUUUUCCCUCUUCGUUUUGUCUUCUAUUUUUUUGACCAUGUACUUCUCAUCUCUCGCUCUCGACCCCAGCGCAGUCGCAACCUCAGGAUGGGCCCACCAGAGGCCCAGUCGCCACUUUCAACACCACCGCUGUAACUUCGUUGUUUGCUCCUUGAAGCCCGCCGCCUCCUCUUCUUUGAGUGUGGCUGAGUCGGCGACCAGUGAAUCGCUGAGUCGAAUCAGGUCGCUGAGUCAGGUAUCUGGCGUGUUGGGGUCUCAGUGGGGUGAUGAAGGCAAAGGCAAGCUAGUUGAUAUCUUGGCUGAGCACUUCGACAUCGUCGCUCGCUGCCAGGGUGGAGCUAAUGCUGGACAUACCAUCUAUAAUUCAGAGGGAAAGAAGUUUGCCCUUCACCUUGUACCUUCUGGCAUCCUUAAUGAGGAGACUUUAUGUGUUAUUGGAAAUGGAGUAGUGGUACAUUUGCCAGGCCUAUUCAAAGAAAUUGAUGGGUUGGAAGCUAAUGGGGUCUCCUGCAAAGGAAGGAUAUUGGUAUCUGACCGUGCUCACUUGCUAUUUGAUUUUCAUCAAGUAGUUGAUGGACUUAGGGAAGCUGAGCUUGCUAAGUCAUUGAUUGGCACAACUAGAAGAGGAAUUGGACCUUGUUACUCAAACAAGAUGAUCAGGAAUGGCAUUAGAGUAAGUGACUUGAGGCACAUGGAUACUUUCCCUCAGAAGCUUGAUAUUUUAUUAGCAGAUGCAGCUUCAAGGUUCCCUGGUUUUAACUAUACCCCAGAAAUGCUCAGGGAAGAGGUUGAAAAUUACAAGAGAUUUGCUGAGAGGUUGGAGCCUUUCAUUGCUGAUACUGUGCAUGUGAUGAAUGAAUCAAUUGCACAGAAGAAGAGGAUAUUGGUGGAAGGUGGCCAGGCUACUAUGCUAGACAUUGAUUUUGGUACUUAUCCCUUUGUAACUUCCUCAAGUCCAUCAGCUGGUGGAAUCUGCACCGGGCUUGGUAUUGCUCCAAGAGUUGUGGGUGAUCUAAUUGGAGUUGUAAAAGCAUAUACCACAAGAGUUGGUUCUGGUCCUUUCCCAACUGAAAUCCUGGGUCAAAGGGGUGACAUCCUUAGGUUUGCUGGGCAAGAGUUUGGCACAACUACUGGCCGCCCUCGUCGUUGCGGUUGGCUUGAUAUAGUUGCUCUUAAGUUCUGCUGUCAGAUUAAUGGCUUUUCUUCUCUAAAUCUCACCAAACUGGAUGUUUUGUCGGAUCUUCCUGAAAUUAGAUUGGGUGUUACUUAUAAACAAGUUGAUGGUACACCAUUCCAAUCAUACCCAUCUGAUCUUCGUCUUCUUGAGCAGUUGAAGGUUGAAUAUGAAGUUUUGCCUGGAUGGAAGUGUGACAUUUCUUCCAUCAGAAACUAUUCAGAUCUUCCAAAGGCUGCACAACAAUAUGUUGAGAGGAUAGAGGAGCUUGUUGGUGUGCCUGUCCAUUAUAUUGGAGUCGGACCUAGCCGUGAUGCUCUCAUUCUCAAAUGAUUUGACCAGUUUUCAAUCAUAUUAUUACUAGUUGAUUUUCUUGCACUAACGCAAAAAUAAAUAAAUAAUACUAUUUGUGAUGGAAAAGUGUUAAUCCCCUUAUGAUGGGGAAAUUUUUGGGAUGAAAGUAGGGAAAUACAUAAAAUUUGUUGUCAUAAAAUAACAAAUAUCUUCACCUGUUCUGGUUACUCGCAUUGGGGAUAAAUGAAUGUGGAGGUUUUCAAUCUGCUUUAGGAAA